AUGCUUGAUAAACUUGACUUUCAUGUGAUGGUGUAUACGAGUCCCAUAAAAGCACUCAAAUUUCUUGAGGACCAUGAAGAUGAAGUUGAUUUCCUCUUGGUGGAGGUGCAGAUGAAAGAGAUGCAUGGGUUUCAGUUCCUUGACAUUUCAAGAGAUGUGCACAAAAAGCUUCAAGUCAUAAUGAUGUCUACGGAGACUACAUUUCCAAAAAUGCAGAGAUGUAUUGAGCUUGGCGCGCGCUUUUUGGUGAAGAAGCCUCUUGAUACUAAUACCAUAAAUAACUUAUGGCAGCACCUCGACCUAAAAUUUCCACGGAUGGAAAAGAUCAAGGAUUUAUUCAAAGGUAUUGAAGAAGGAAAAGCGCAUGAUGUAAAUUGCUCCAGUAAAGAAGAACUAGAAAAAAUUGUGAACAAAUGUGGAAAAGGUACUAAACAGAAGACAGUUCAUCUCAUGUGGACUCCAUUUCUGCAGAGCAAGUUUCUACAAGCUCUUGAACUACUUGGGGAAGACGCUACUCCUAAAAAGAUAGAGAUGAUCAUGAACGUAAACUCCAUUGACCGCAAACAAAUUUCCGCUCACCUGCAGAAACAUCGAAAGCGGAUGGAGAAGGAACUACGUAAUGCAUUGGGUGCAAAGAAAUGUAGCGAGGGUGGUGCCUCAAGUUCAUCAGAACCUGCAGUAGUGAAGACUUGUGAAAUAGGCCCUAACUGUAAUCAUAACAUCCAGUCAGCAGAUAGAAAUGAUGAAGAGAAGUCCCAUGAUCAGACGGAAACCUUGGCUGAAGAAAUGCAAGGCAACAAGGUAUAUGUAGCAAUGCAAAAAGCAUUGCAGCUCGGGACCGUGUUUGACGAACUGCAGCUUUCCAAUGAUCCAUCUGGUGAUGAAGCAAAGAAAGGUGAAGAAGACAUGAUGGGAGACGGCGAUGCUCGAGAUGACGGUACGACAUUUGAAGUUGGCGAAGCAAAAGUAGUCUCUAAAAUCCAAGAUUUCGACGAUGCAAAAGAGGUCACCAACAGGGGUGAUUCUGACACGGUUUCUGGUAGUGUUGAUCAGGCAGGGGUUGUGAACCUUGUGAACUAUUCAGACUCCGAGGAUGACGAAGAUAACGCAUAG